ACCACCUCAUCUUCAUCGCCCUGGGUACAAAAAAAGCCUCUGAUCUCAUUCCACCGCCCAGAAAAAUAACUCGUCUCCUGAUUCCAAGGCUCUGUAAUAUAUAUUCAGAGCUUGUUGCAGCCAUCCUUUGAGUACCUGAUACUGUCCUUGGCACAUCUUAUCUUUUGUUUACCGCGAGCUUCCCCCACGACCACAGGUUGAUAGCAUCCCCUGAAGCUAUUUCCAUCGUCAAUUGUCGAAUUGGGGUAUUAGUGCCAGGCAAAAUGACUCUCUACUACAGUCUUGUGUUUUGCCUUCUCGUGUUCGAGAUGGUGAUCUUUAUGGGACUUAUUGUCCCUCUGCCUUUCACAAUCAAGCGGAAGCUGUUCACCUUCAUCUCUGAAAGUCCGGCAGUAGCGAAACUACAAUAUGGAAUGAAGAUUACAUUCAUCUUCAUUUUGAUCCUCUUCAUUGACAGCGUGAACCGGGUGUACCGUGUCCAGCUGGAGGUGACUAACUUCUCGAAGGAGAACAUGGGAGCGGCUGCCCUCGGCACUGACCGCAUGGAAGUCCAGGCCCGGAAGUUCUACUCUCAACGUAACAUGUACCUUUGCGGCUUCACCCUCUUCUUGUCUCUUAUCCUCAACCGCACCUACACUAUGAUCCUUGAUGUCCUCCGCCUUGAAGACAAGGUCAGGGUUCUCGAGGGCGACAAGAAGGCCGGUGGAAAGGACUCGGCUCGCCUUGCCGAGGCUGGAAACGCCGGCGAGAUCGGACGCCUGAAGAAGGAGCUUGAUGCAAAGAACCGUGACAUUGAGACCCUGAAGAAGCAGUGCGAGGGCCUUACCCGCGAAUACCACAGCCUGGGUGAUAAGGUUGCCGGUAAGAGCGACGAUGACACUAAGAAGGACCUGUGAAUUCUUUCGUCGACUCAGAACUUGGAAAGCAAUUCUGUGUGGUCUCAAGCGAAAGUAUUUCAUGAGAUAAGACAGGAUCUUCGAGCGGCUUUUAUGGUAUCAAAACGAUGCUCGUGGAACCUAAGCGUCCCGCUUACUACUCGCUUUCAGUU